UCAUCAUUACGCGUCCUGGCGCCUCCGUCUAAUAGGAGACGGAAGAAAACAAAUGUGGAGUGAAAAAUAAUUACAUACAGUUCAGGAGAAACUGGUUUUAUCUGGUUUACAUGAUUUUCUGGGGUGAUUGAUUUUCAUUUAAUUUUAAAUCUCUGUAAACUUUUAACAGAAACUACCGGCAGAAGCAUCAGUAAAUUGUAAAUGAAGUUGGCGCGUUUUGGCUGAGGAGCUAGAGAAAGAAAGAAAAAAAAACUACAGUAUGAAUACCGUGGAUUUGAACUCAAAAGAGCUGCCCUCCGACGAAGCACCUGACUCUAAAGCCUCCGACGUCUCCUCAGAUGACGAGCCGCUGAUCUUGCUCAAAGCAAAACUUGAGUCUGCGAAAGAAGACAAAACAUCCCCGAGUUUGAGUAGCUCAAGUGAAGGCCCCGACGACAAGCCUCAGAAGAAGGUUGCCAAAGUGGCAUCCAAAGCUGCGAAGAAGCUGGCAUCAGUGCCUUCCAAAAAUGAACUUAAUAAAAAGAAAAAAAAAUCGGUGGCGGGAGAUGAUAGUUCAGAGGACGAACCUCUGAGCAAAAUGGCCAAGAAACUUAGAUCCAAACAUCAGACGAAGGAAUCUCCGUGUGAUGUGACAUCGCCCACAAAAUCCAGCCAAGUUGUGAAAUCCAGAAGGAAUGCAGCAAAGAGAGUGGAAAAUUAUAAAGAGUCGUCAAGUGAGAGUUCAUACGAUACAGCACCGGCAGCUUCCACAGCAACAAAAACACAGGCUGCUUCAACAAGCACCAGAAGAACAAGAGUAAAACCUCCAACCAACCUUUUACAAGACAGCAGCUCCGACGAUGAUGAACCAUUAUCAAACUUCAUCGCCAAGAAGAAACCGGUGAGGAAAGAUGCAAAGAAGACAACUGUAACAAGAGCCGGUUCUUCCAAAAAGAAACAAGAAGUGACGGAAGAAAGCUCGGAUGAUGAACCCUUGAUUAACCUGGUGAAAAAGAAGAGUCGAGCAGGCAAACAGACAAAGACCAAAACAAAGGCCUCAGCUCCAAAGAAGAAGAACAUGGUGUCCAGACCAAGUCAAAACAAGAAAACAAGAAAGACAUCAGAGCCAGCCAUGUCCAGUGAGGCUUCAGAUGAAGAGCCUCCAGAUGAAGAGCAUCCGAUAGACAUGGCCAAAUAUCCCAGUGUGACCAAAGAAGUGAGAGUGAGUCUGGAGAGGUGUGACGCUACAGAGGCUGGAGCAGAGGAACGUCAGAACACAACGACAACAGAGAACACGGAAGAAUCCAAAAGGGCAGAAUUGGUGGACUCCUCCUCAGAAGACCCUUGAAGCUCUGACAGUUUGGACAAAUGGUUCCGCGGUUUUGUACUAGUACUUCAUCUGCCUCCUGGUCUGCAUCCUCACAUCCAGGCCUUUCAGCCUCUGGAUUGUAUUUAGAGACCAGUGAAUGGCUCCUUGUUUGAAGGACGAUAAAAAAUGUACAACGUGUUCCUCGUUUCUGGUCGGUGUUCAUUAGUUGUUCACACUUAUUCUGUGUUUUAUAUUUUUCAUACAAUAUGACCAUUAAGUGCGUUGUGUUUUCCAGUUGAAUGUAUGGGUAUUCAUUGUACAAAAAAAGAUGUGCACUGUCUUUUAUUGUUUUUUUUUUAUUACUUGUGCCUCUAGUGUUUCAUUUGGCUCAAAUAUGUGUUUGUUUGUUUUUUUAUUUUUCUUUGUUAUUGGUGUAAGUUUAUUUCUUGCAUGAAUUUAGUCUUGUAUGCAACAGUGAAAAAAGAACUGCGAGUCUUAUGUUGGAUUAAACAUUUUGUGGUGUGAAA